AUGGGAGCCAGUCACUCAACCAGGAAACACGGCAAGAACUCUAAAGUCACUCAGUUCCAUUCCGAACAGAAAUGGAAGCUCCAUUUCGAGGAUUCCAAGCAAUCAAAUAAACUCAUGGUGAUUGAUUUCUCAGCUUCUUGGUGUGGACCUUGUCGCUUCAUGGAACCCAUCAUCGAUGAAUUCUCUGCUAAAUUUACUGAUGUUGAGUUUGUGAAGAUUGAUGUUGACGAGUUAGCUGAUGUGGCCAAGGAAUUUGGUAUACAAUCCAUGCCGACUUUUGUGUUCGUUAAGAAUGGGAAAGAAGUCGACAAACUCAACAGCGCUGAUCGUGAAGAACUGGAGAGGAUGAUAUAUAAAUAUAGGCUCUAA